GAAUAUUACACGCGCUGAGCCUCACACACAUGCUACGCUAGUAAAAAAAAAGAUGUAGUGUAUGGAGUAUUGAAUGAGUGGCGACUCGGUGAGAUUCUAGUGUGGUUUGUCCACAGCGAGUAGGACGAAGAAGUAACGUGGAGGAGCAGUUAAAGGGUGUAGGACUAUAAUCGGCAGUGCAACGAUAAUUCCGUGCAUCCAAAAGGGACGCAUUCACGGUGUUCACGGAUCUAAGAAUCUCUCUGUCCAGCCGUUUAUGGUGAAGGUAUUAAAUUAAAGUUCCUCUAGUUCGAAAAUUCAGUAAAAGACUCAAGUUGACAUCGAAUGGCGACGCAGACUCCGGAAUUUAUUUGGCUCGUCGAGUGAGCCAAGGACCAGGACCAGAAUGCGAGUGGUAUAAACUCUAAAGGAGGAAAAGGGAUUAGGGUGGACACAGCAGAUCCAAAAAACUAUAGAACGACUUGGAGCCAACGAGGACGUAACUGGAAGCACGGAUACGGUGAGGACGAAAAUGUUUCAUCACGAAUAUGAGAAGCGACUUCUUAAACCAAAUAAUGAAGGUCAGGUCGAUUCAAAUAACAGCAUGGGGGCUGCUAAUCCCGGGAUCACGGCCUCCUAUUAUUCACCUAACAAAAUGAGCAACAACAGCUUUGAUCGGUUUAUUCCUACACGGUCGGGGAACAACUGGCUGACCACUUUUUCCAUGAUUUCUGAGGGCGGACGAGGUGGUCUGGUCGUUAAGAAAACUCGUGAAAAUGGAGAGAGUAGUCGGGAUGGAAUAGCAUAUUCCUGUUUACUGAAGAAUGAACUACUUGGAGCCAGUAUAGAAGAUGUUAAAGGACAAUGCGAAGAACGUAGAGUGCUAUCACCAUUAGCCAGUAAAAAUCUAUUCAAGUACACUACACCUACUAAAGAUCGUACCCUCCUUGAUCAAAGUUCUCCUUAUUCUUUAUCACCUUUGAGUGCCAAGAGUCAGAAGUUACUUCGUUCACCAAGAAAAGCUACCAGGAAGAUAUCUAGAAUUCCCUUUAAAGUAUUGGAUGCACCGGAACUACAGGAUGACUUUUAUCUCAAUUUAGUAGAUUGGUCAUCACAGAAUGUGCUCAGCGUGGGAUUAGGUAGCUGUGUCUACCUAUGGUCAGCAUGUACCAGUCAAGUAACCAGAUUAUGUGACUUGUCAGCUGAUGGAAAUAGUGUUACCUCUGUUGCGUGGAAUGAAAGAGGGAACUUGGUGGCAGUGGGUACUCAUUUGGGAUACAUACAAGUCUGGGAUGUUGCUGUGAAUAAACAAGUUAGCAAACUACAGGGGCAUAGUGCAAGAGUUGGUGCGCUUGCCUGGAAUGGAGAAGUACUCUCUUCGGGUAGUCGGGACAGAUUGAUACUUCAAAGAGAUGUAAGGACUCCAAGUGUAGUUGGUGAACGUCGAUUAGGAGCUCACAGGCAGGAAGUGUGUGGCCUGAAAUGGUCACCAGACAAUCAGUACCUGGCUUCAGGAGGAAACGACAACAGGCUCUAUGUAUGGAAUCUGCACUCAUUGUCUCCAGUUCAAACUUACACAGAACAUUUGGCAGCUGUUAAAGCCAUUGCAUGGUCUCCACAUCACCAUGGUCUCUUAGCCUCUGGAGGAGGUACUGCAGACCGUUGUAUAAGAUUCUGGAACACCCUCACUGGCCAACCUAUGCAGUGCGUCGAUACAGGCUCUCAGGUGUGUAAUCUAGCCUGGAGUAAACAUAGUUCGGAAUUGGUAAGCACCCACGGCUACUCCCAAAAUCAGAUCCUCGUCUGGAAGUAUCCAAGCCUGACUCAGGUGGCGAAAUUAACUGGACAUUCCUACCGGGUACUGUACUUAGCAAUGUCUCCGGACGGCGAAGCAAUAGUAACUGGAGCUGGUGACGAAACGUUACGCUUCUGGAACGUCUUCUCCAAAGCACGUAGCCAGAAGGAGAAUAAAUCCGUACUAAAUCUCUUUACCAGUAUCCGGUAAACCGUCUACAGGGAUAAACAGACAGAGAGAAAAGAAAAAUAAACUAAUGUCUUAUGUAAUGUACAUAUUGAUACCUCCGAGUGUACAACAAUUAUCGUAUUGUGCUCCACAAAAAUUGGGAAUUUUGGAGAAAAACUCUACUUCCUUUUCUUUGUAUGCGUAAAGCGAAUAUAUGUAUAUACGCAUAUACAUUUAGUCAUAAGAAAGAAAAUAUGCCUCGGCCUGUAAAUUACUAUAUAAAGGUACAUGCCGUGUAAGACAUAAAGAGAAAAGGGAAUAUUAAUACUAAGAUGCGAGAUGUUCGGCCUGCAAUUACUGUCGAGCCUUGUGUGCAAUAUGUCGUCCCUACUCCAAUACAUUAUGCAUCGGAGUAGCUCAACCAUAGGUCAAUAUCCUUAGACGGGAACUUGCGUAAUGAAAAUUAUUGAGGGUGUUGGAAUUUAGUUUUUCUUCUUGCGAUAACGAAGGUCAAGAUGCGAUUCCGAGAAGAGUAAUAAAUAAUAUCAAGGUACGGAAGAGAAAAAAAAGAUGAUUGUAACUUUAAGUCUAUCCAUUUUUUUUCUGUAGAAUGCUGUGCUAUGUCUGCUCGGGUAUUUUGCAGGCUGACAAGUCAGAACCUUUUAUAAGAGAGAAAACUUUUAUAAGUAGAUGUUCGGAUGAGAAAUACGAAAAAGGCUGUCUAAACUAUAUUCUUCACCGAGCGAGCCGUGAAAUAAAACAAAAAAAAUUUUAAAGUUAAAUGAACGUCGAAAUUAUAAAUAAUAUAUGAGCAUAUAUAUAUAUAUUAUGUAUUCGGAUUGUCGCUCCGUAGCCUUGUUUGACGAUCUGCUAAACAAGGUGACAAUGAAGAAAAUCCUCAAGGAAAACUGAUCGCAACGAUACACUAAAAACUAAGGAUCCACUUAAAGUCAGUCAUUUUUGUACAAAUUGUAAGCUGCGACCAUGAAUUACGAAUGGAGUGAAUUUACUAAUUUAUAUAAAGAACUAAUAUAUAUAUAUAUAUUACAAUUAUCUAUUAUUUACCGUAACGUGCAUACGGUAAAUGUGCGUGGCGAUACAGACAGAAGAACGGGGAUUCAUAGAGCUAUACUAUAUGUUAAGAACGAUUAAAAAAAAAACAAUAGUCACAUGCGUGUCUAAUUUACUAUGUGGGAUCAAAAUUCUUUUGUUUUAUGAUCUCACACAAUAUAUAUAUAUAUAUAUAUACACACACAAACACACAUAUAUAUAUACAGUCUCAUUAGAAAUUACUAUGUAUACUCUAAAAUGUUUCUCUUAUACUCUACACUAGUGGACACCGAAUUGGGCUGCACGCAUGUCGAACCGUUUCGUAUCACUAUCAUUAAUUAAUUAUCGAGAUAUAAUGAUUAAGAGGGCGUGAGUGCAUUUAUUAUGAAUAGCCUUUUUUUUGGGAAGAAUGUUGCGUCUGCUGACCGCGUGCUUGAGGAGAAGAAGCAAAAAACGGUGCGUUGUAAAAUCACAUUAGUCUAUUGUGCAAUCCUAUAUUUUUUUGCAACUACAUCCCCUCGUCUUCUUUUUUUUUUAACGUCGCUUCCCAUGAACCAGAGAAAUUCAUUUAUGUCACCCCGUGACGGAUUAGCGACACCAACGGGUUUGGCACGUGACGUCACGACGGCUUUCAGUAAAAUCGUCGAGUAGUGGUAAAAUUAAUAAUAACAACAACAAAAUGAAAGAAAUAUCACGCGUUUUUUGGAACAAUAAAGGAAGAGCUUGAUGAGUUGCGAAUUUUUCGUUUCUUAUUCCGUGCUACAUCUUUUUGCUAAGUCCCCAUUAUUUAAAUCUUUUAUAUAUUAUUUUUGUUUCAUUUUUUUUCUAAUUUCUUUUUGGCACCCAGUGCUCUUCGAUUCCUAAAAAAUUAUUUAAUAUAACGUAGUAAAGUGCACCGUAUAGAGUCUGCGUGAGUGUUGUGAUUGACAGACUAUAAAUUUAAUAUGAUAAAUCUAUGGUCGUAUUCAAUAAUCUAGCGUGAUGCGUUCUACCAAUAAACAUUUUAUAUGAAUUUCAACUGUCUUAAUAUAUUAUAGAAUUAUAAUAAAUCAAUCAUACAGCCAUA